AUGUAUUAUAAAGUUUUAUGUUUAGUAGUACUUUCUCUUUUAUCGGUAUGCUAUGCAGGCCCAUUGAAAGCGAAAGAACGAAUUCUAAAUGGAACCAUAGCUGAAGAAGGAAUGUUUCCGUACAUGGUUUCAUUACAACAUAAAAAAACAUCUUUUCAUUAUUGUGGAGCGUCGAUCAUCAAUAAACGUUAUUUAUUAACAGCAGCUCAUUGCUUGGAGCAUCCAACAUACAAAGAUGAAAAUGGGGACAAAACGGGGGUAAUGGAUUUAGAUACAUUAAAAAUUGUGGUCGGCAUUAAUCGAUUAGAUGAUAAGGAAGGAAUCACAUUAGAAGCCGAAAAGCUAAUUAAUCAUGAAAAAUAUAAUAUAUACCAGCCAACACAUAUUAAUCAAUACGAUAUUGGAUUAAUUCGAUUAAACAAAGACAUUGAAUUCAACGAUAGAGUGCAACCAAUAAAAUUAAUUACAAGUAAAGAUGAUUAUCCCAAAAAGGAUGAGAUUCUCAAAUUAACAGGCUGGGGCAUCAGUGAAAAAGGCAGUCAUGUUGCAUCAAACGAUUUGCGUACCGCACGUUUAUUAUAUAUGAAUGCAGAAGAUUGUGAGAAAAGAUGGACUCCAGAAUUUUAUAAUUAUUACCUUGACGAUGGAAUGAUGUGCACUGUAAGCUUUCAAAUACCCGACAGUGGAGAUUCGGGAAGCCCUUUGGUUAAUGACAGGGGAAUCCAAGUAGGCGUAUUUGUUACCGGAUUGGGUAUACGUCAUCUUCCAAAUGGUUAUACGGAUGUAUUAUUUUACGCUGAUUGGAUUGCAGAACACUCUAAAAUUGCUGAUGAUUAA